AUGGUCCUAAUGCAGCGAGUGGGCUAUGUCUGUCAUUGCAAUGUUGUAAUGAUUGAAGGAAUCAAUGAGUUAAUGGAUGUCACUGUGACAGACGCUCAGGGACAAGAUGGUUCAGAUGUGGCAUAUCAGAAGAUUAAAGUGCAUCUCCAACUCAAUAUUAGAGAAAAAAUGGCCAACCCACAGUUCUGUGCUAUUAUUAUCAAAGCAAAGCUGGGCACACCCACUCACAACUUAGGUAGGGAAACCAGCAAAGAAGACCUCAGUGUGCCUCCAUCAAGCCACGGGUCGCUGCAGAUCUCUUCAGCAUUCUUAGCAGAAGGCUUGAGUAGCAUUGCAAGUCAAGACAGAUGCAGGAUACCAGUGGAAGAGGAUGAGGAACAACUUGGGCUCCUCUUCAAAGACAUCCUUCCGGGCCCAGCAAAGCCCAGCGUGCAGUGUCCGGAGAGGCACUGGUGCUCGCUUUUAUCCGAGAGAAAAAAAACUGCCAUUUCCGAAAAGAAAGGAAACUGCUCGAGCGUUCUGGGCUCGCAGGCGCGCCUCGGAGGGGGAGGAGGGAAGCAGAGUCACGGCGCCAAGAAUCGCAAGCCCCGCCCCCGCGUGCCGGCCUCGCCCCGUCCUGCCACCACGGCUCGGUGCGCGACGCUAGCUCCUGGCCCGGCACCCGCGCCCUAUUUGGUCAUUGGGGGCAGGUGGCUGGAGGGGAGGCGUGAGCGGCGGAGGGGACUCCCAGCGGGUUUGGGUGCGCUGAAGGGCUGCUUUCGCUGGCGCAACCGUCACCACGGUUGGAGACCCACGAGGCCGCCGCAUCCUGCGCUCAGAACAAUGGGACUCGGCGCGCGAGGUGGCUUGGCCUUUUUCAUCGUGGGGGCGCUGCUGGUGCUAGCGCUGCUGAAGGUCGCAGUGGACAGUGAAGACUCCGGGGGAUCCUCAAGCAGAAAUCCUUCCAUACUACUUGAAAACCCCUCUACUGAAACAACAGGGAAUACCACACAUGUGCCUGCCAGCCAUAUAGAUGAAUCUUCCAAAAGCACUGUGAAACCAUCUACAACUACAGUUUCCUCAGUCUCAAAAAAUGAGACAGUCACCACCUCGAAACCCACAACAAAACCAUCAACAACUACAGUUUCCUCAGCCUCAAAAAAUGGGACAGUCACCACCUUGAAACCCGUAACAUCCAAAAGGACAACACCACAGGUCUCAACAAAUGUGACUUCUACCACCUUAAAGUCUACGACCAAAGUAACAAGUCUUUCACAAAACACAACCCGGAUGUCAACAUCCACGAUGACCACAACCCACAAUAGUUCGGUGACAUCUGUUUCUUCAUCAGUAACAAUCACAGCAACUGUAAAUUCUAAAGACAAUAAAGGAUCAAAAUUUGAUAUUGGCAGCUUUGUUGGUGGUAUUGCAUUAACACUGGGAAUUUUGUCUAUUCUUUACAUUGGAUGUAAAACGUACUAUUCAAGAAGAGGCAUUCGGUAUAGAACCAUCGAUGAACACGAUGCCAUCAUUUAAGGAAAUCCAAGGACCAAUGGAGAGAAGAUUGAUGCAACCCUGUCAAUUAGUUUAAGACAAUAUUCUCUUUCUGAAAACAGUAUAAACAGGCCAUGCAGAUAAUGUAUAAUAUAUAAAUAUGUAAAGAUGCCUCAUGAUUACUAAAGGUAAAAAUGGCUUGCUUUGGGUUGUUAAUGAACAUGUGGAGCAUCAGUUAAUGCAAUGGUUACGUUCGCUUCUAGACAAUACGUAAGACAAACAUGGCCUGUUCCAUUUUUUUGUGGCAUUGGUCUCACAGGGCCAGUAAUUGGAAAACACCACUGAAGGGCACGAUGCCGUCUCAGCACACACAGUGGUUCACACAGAGAACUUCCAUGCUGUUCAGGGCUGGAUAUAUCCUAAUUACCAAUGCCACCCGACGGAAGUCUUAUGAGUAAACCAGAUCUUAGGCAUAAUUUUAGUUGAAGUGUCUCUUCAGAAAGCAUCAAUAUUUUAAUGUUUUAAAGCUUAGUACUUGGUUUAGAAACAAAAUGUACCACCCCACCUCACCCCGAAAAAAAAACAGCAGAAAUAAUACCUGGGCUUUGUUAGGCCUGUUGGAGAGCCUGUGUUUUUAUUAAUAAUUUCUUUUGCGCUUUCAAUGGCAGUUGAUAUAACUAUCUUUUUUCCUCUGUAAUUUCAGCAAAUUUCAAUGUUUAACAUGAUAAUGUUUUAAAGAGUUAGUUCUUAGCAUUAAAUAAGAAGUUAGAUUAUUUGCUACUGUGAGGAUAUCAUCACCACUGGAAACUGCUUUAUUUUAUAUUCAGCUAUUAUAUAUUUAGUGACUAUUUUUUGAGAUGUAUGUAGAGCUGCUUUCAAUACCUAGAAAUGUUUAAUGUAGUGUAAACACACCUAACUUAAAAAAAAAAAAGCCCCUUCUGAAUUCCGAAACAACAUUUAGAACUCUGUAUAGUCAGAACUAGAGAUGAAUGCUGUUUAUCAGGCCAGGGAUUGUGGAGCUCGCCUCAGGCUACUAAACCUACAGGAUGAAAGGCUGCCUUUUCCUGUACUGCUUAUUUCACUCAAAACUUGGGGGAAACAAUAUUUUCACACCAGAACACCAAUGUAUUUUGGAAUAAAUGCUCAUGAAGUUUUAAAACAGAAAAUUUUAAGACAGGAAACUUACUGCUGCCUUAUUUGGGAAUUCUUCAGACCACUCCUCUUCCUCCUUUGCUGAAGACGAGGCACUUUUCAUAUGUACUACGUUAAUGGAGAGAAAAAGCACAGCACUGCAGGGACACCAAUAUUAGCCACCAGGUUUUGGAGGGUUUCAGUUUUACAGUUUAUAUAUAUGCCAGCACUCAAAACUCAGGGUCCAGUUUUGACAAAAGAUAUAUUUAGUCAACUAAAUGUAAAUACUAAGAUAAUAUUUCUAUCUUAGAAUGGUCCAAGUAAAUCACACCAAUUAAUAGUCUAAAAAUGAGCUAAGAUGUCCUAAUGAACAUGCACCAACAUUUAAUAGGAAUUAAAUGUAACUUCUGUGAUCAGCUUUUGGUUUACAGAGAAUAUCAUGUAUCAAGAAUUUUGAUAUAAAUGAAGCAUUUCUACUUACUGUGCGUUAUGGCCAAUGGAUGGGAUGAAUAUGGAUGAUAAAAAAUUAUCUAAAGUAUGAAUAUGACAGGAUAGAUUGACACAUGCAGAGUGGAAGAACUAUUAUGAAACACAUGUUUAUAUUAGUUUGAAAAAAGAUGGGGCUGAUAGGUAAGUCGUAUGUUACUAACUUAGCCCUAACUGGUCUUUCAACUACUGCUUUUGUAUCUUUGAAAAAUAUACUUAAGAUACAUUUUAUAGUAAUGGGCACCUUUUAAGUAUAACUUGUUUUGUCCCUUGCAUUCUUUAUAUUUCAGUACUUCAAAUCAGUCAGAACUUUGUAGAUAGGCUUGAAAUUUUCUUGAAUACUUGUUUCUUUAGCACUUUGAAGUUAAAACAACCACUUUUUUUUUUAAAGUAUCAAAUGUCAUUAUAUGCCUUUAAAGUUUCCUGUGCUUUGGGUUUGAAAUAAUUAGUUGUCUUUUCUCUGUAUAUAAGUUGUAUAAUUUGUUACUUUCAAAUACUAGUACUUCAAUGCAGGUCAGCUUUUUUUCGGUUAUGUUCAAAAAUUGAAAGAAACAGUGAUGCAACCAAUAUUUAGCUUUGGAGCCCAUUUCCUAAACAUAAAUUUAUCUUCCUAAUUAUAUUUACUCAAGCAAGUGUUCAGUUUUAUUUGCAUUCCUUGAGAAUGUAUUUACUUGAAAAGCAGUCCAGAUGUAUAUCUAAAUAUUAGGCAGAGUCUAAUCAAUGAUUUUUAAAUUUCCUUGGCUAAUCCAUAAAAUGAAUAACUCAAAUACAGACAAAUGAGAGUUGGCAGUAUAUUAGUGAUAAUUUUGUAUUCUUCAGAAAAACAUUUAAAGCAAACUGCUCUUUUUCCUUUUUAUUACAAUGACCAGCUUUUGAUAUUUCAUUGUUACUGAGAUAU